AUGGUCCCACUUUAUAAGAACUGGACGAACGCUGAGGUUUAUUGUAGACAAUAUUAUGCAAAUCUCGCCGUCGUCACAACCUCUGCAGAACAGCAACAAGUUACUUCUUUGUUGAACGGCGAUGCGUUUAUCGGCCUGAUCUCGGCACGGUGGUCUGAUUACAGUUUCUCUGCGUUCCGGUACUGGGUUGGAACAUCAGGCCAGGAGACAGGCGUUGUUAAUAAAUGUGUUGCCAUGGUGAUAUCUGUUUCUGGGAAAUGGAACAAUUUUGAUUGUUCAACCCCAUACCCAUUCAUUUGCUAUGGAGUUCCUUCUUCGCCGAUCCAACCUGUCUCUCGGCUCUACCAUGCUGUAAGAUAUCUAAAGACCUGGCCGGAUGCUCAGCGCUACUGUAGAGCGAGGUUUACUGAUCUGGCCACUGAGGACAGUGUAGGUGAUGUGUACAGUGUGAUGAAUCAGGUGGAUCUUAGCUACACUGGACUUUUAUGGAUCGGGCUCCAGAGUGCAGCAAACACACAAUGGUGCUGGUCUGCAGGAGAUAAAGCUCUCGCCGAUUACUUUAACUGGGCCGUAAACAAACCGAGCGGAAACUUCAAAUGCGUAUCGAACAUGAACGGAUGGUGGAGUGAUACUGACUGUCAGACGCAGCUAUACUUUGUGUGCUACAGUGAAGGUGAGGGUUACGUCAUGGUCAAUAUUUACAAAACAUGGCAAGAUGCUCAAAGUUACUGUACAAGCACCUACACUGACUUGGCCCACAUCCGCUCUCCGUGGGAACAGAACCAGGUGAACGGUGUUGUCGGUAGAUGGGUUUCUGUCUGGAUCGGCUUGUUUCUCGACAGCUGGCAGUGGUCUGAUCAGUGGAGCGGUUGUUUUAGAAACUGGGCGUUGGGACCACCGAGUGUCGGAACUGCCGCCUGUUCUGCUGUGGAGACAGGAACAUUUGGAAGAUGGACGACCGACAUCUGCACCACACCGCACUCUUUCGUCUGCUAUGGAGAUGUGGACAGGAUGACUAAACAACAGAUCAUGAAGAUCAAAUUGGUUUUCAGCGCAGUGACCGACCUGAGCGACGCGUCAGUGCGAGCUGCAAUCAUGAAUCAAGUACGAUAA